GAAGACAGUUAUUGUCUGCUUUAAAAUAUGUUCAAAGUGCUUGGAAAGCCAACACCCCUUAAGUGAAACUACCGAGUGUAGGUGUCAAACAAGUGGCACCUCUUCAUUAUUAUUACUACUAUCUUUUUUUAUUCCUCUUACCGCUUUCGAGCUACACCUUUAAACCUCUCUCUCUUUCUCAAUCAUGGAGGCCAUGCCACUUGAGCAAUCAUCCUUGACUGUGCCUCUCAUUGAGGAUGAGAAUGAAGAAGGGUUAGGAAGCAAGCUAGAGGAAGUAGAAUCAAAUUCUGCUCACGCCAGUGCGGGCACUACGUCUGUUUUCAGAACCUGUUUUAAUGGACUUAAUGCUCUUUCAGGAGUUGGGAUAUUAUCAAUCCCAUAUGCACUGGCAUCAGGAGGAUGGUUGAGCUUGAUAUUUCUUUUUGCCAUAGCCACGGCAGCAUUCUACUCGGGUUUGUUGAUUCAAAGAUGUAUGGAUGCUGAUUCUAAUAUCAGAACUUAUCCUGACAUAGGCGAGCAUGCAUUUGGGAACAAGGGGAGACUAAUAGUAUCAGUUUUCAUGUACAUCGAGCUCUACUUAGUCGCAACAGGAUUUUUGAUUCUAGAAGGAGAUAACUUGCAAAAGUUGUUCCCAAAUGUGGAUUUUGAAGUAGCAGGACUAACAGUUGGUGGGAAACAAGGCUUUAUAAUAAUCGUUGCCCUCAUAAUUUUGCCUUCUGUUUGGUUGGAUAACUUGAGCCUUCUUUCUUACGUCUCUGCCAGCGGGGUUCUAGCUUCUGCAGUCAUCCUUGGUUCAAUUAUCUGGACUGCUGCAUUUGAUGGAAUUGGGUUUCAACAAAGGGGAACACUGCUAAAUUGGGAUGGAAUCCCAACUGCUGUUAGCUUAUACGCCUUCUGUUAUUGUGCGCAUCCAGUCUUCCCUACCCUUUACACUUCCAUGAAAAAAAGGCAUCAGUUCUCCAAUGUCCUGGUCAUAUGCUUUGUCUUGUGUACCCUCAGUUAUGCAUCAAUGGCAAUUUUUGGGUACUUAAUGUUUGGUUCAGAUGUUCAAUCACAGAUAACUUUGAACCUUCCGACUAACAAGCUCAGCUCAAGAGUGGCAAUAUACACCACCCUGGUCAAUCCAAUAUCCAAAUAUGCAUUGAUGGUUACACCAAUUGUCAAUGCAACUAAAACCUGGUUUCCAUAUCACUGCAACAAGCGAUUCCUCAGCCUCUUUGUUGGCACCACCUUGAUGAUCAGCACUGUUUUGGUGGCUCUGGCAGUUCCAUUCUUCGGUUCCCUCAUGUCCCUAGUUGGAGCAUUUUUAAGUAUCACAGCUUCGAUCAUAAUACCAUGCUUAUGCUACUUGAAGAUAUCAGGAACAUAUCAGAGAUUUGGGUGCGAAAUGGUUGCUAUAGGCCUUAUAAUACUAAUGGGUGUUGCCGUGGUGAUAUUCGGUACUUACACAUCUGUUAUAGACAUAAUAGGCAAUUUAUAAAUGCCAGCGGUUUUGUAUAUGCCUAUCUUGUUAUAUAUAAUGUAUUGUAUUCCUGAUUAAUUUGGAGGGUUCUUCUCUAAGGUCAGAUGAAAGUCCUUUUCAUUGCAAUCUAAAACUGUUCGUAGCACUAGCAAUGGAAUGCUUCCUAACACUUCCAUUGCUUGGAUAUGACAUGCAUUAGUUAUCACUGAUUAAUGUUUGCAAACUUUUUUCCUAUAUUUUGAGUGUUCUGAUCCUGGAAGCCAAGUGUUCUCAGGAUUGUCAACAUAGUAAUCAAUAAAUAUCACUGAUUUUCAA